AUGAAGCAAUACAAACAACACCGGCCACAGAAACAACAUUCCAACAUGCCAACAAUUCAGGACUAUAGUAGCAAUAUUCUGUCGUCUAUUGUCAAUGGUAAACCAGCAUAUUCAAUUAAAAAUAAAGGACAGGAGAGGAAAAUAAUCGCAUGUCGACAUAAAUCGUUGAAUGUGAAUGAACAACUACGAACGAAUGAGAAAUCCGGUCAAAAACUAUUGUCCAAUCAAAAACCUACGUCAGGCAUAGGAAAUAUCCUUGGUAUAUCAUAUGAUUCACACCAGCCAUCAUCAUCAUCUCAGCCUACCACUGUUGCUGAUGUUCACAUCAGUGCUGGUUCAUAUGGAAAUGAUUUAGUCAUGCGUAAGCAAAUGAAACAUAUGAAUAGUGGUCGGUCUGGAAAGCUAACUACCCCAUAUGGAUUAAUUUUGGACAAUAAUAAUAAUUGUAAUAUUAAUCGGGAAAUAGUUCAAGGGAUUCAUUCACCAGCCAUAACAUCAACAGCACCCAUGAUGACAACAACGACAAUAUCGGAAUCAGCAACGACAACAGCCUCAAUGCCAACAACAAUGGGGACUACUUUACAAACUGGUUCAGAAAUUCAUGAAAGUACUGAGAAUUUAUUCCCAUUUGGGUGUGUAACCGUUGAAAUAUUGAAGGAUGAAAAGUCGACUUUAGGCUUAACUGUCUCAGAUGGUUCUAGCCAAGGUGAAGCUCCAGUUAUCCUAAACAUUCGUCCUGGAAGCAUUGCAGAAAGAAAUGACUGCUUCCUUCCAUAUGAUCAUAUUCUGUCAAUGAAUUUUACAAGUGCAUCAGGUGAAGCUUCGAACUCAGGGAAAUAUCUGGGUACAAAAAUUCGAAUGGAAAUUGGAUAUGAAUUACCUGCACUACCUCCAGUUGGAUGCACUGUUAAACAUAUGGUUGUAAAUUUGAAAAUUGGUUCUGAGGGUACCGGUCUAGUUAUCCGUGGUGGAUGGAGCAAAUCACCACUGCUUAUUCGGCCGUUAACUGUAAUGCAUGUACGACAAAAAAGUGCUGCUGACUGUGAUGGAAGAAUAAAACCUGGAGAUCGUAUACUAACUAUCAAUAGUAUUCAUACAGGACAAUUGACUUGUGAAGAGGCAAUGAAACUAAUACAAAGUAUUAGAAAUUAUUUAACACUGACCAUUGAAUAUAAUGUAGCCAAUUUUGAGGAGGAUCGCCGUAUAUCUGGUGCAGUGGUAGUUGAAAUUGAAAAACCAACCAAUGAGGAUUUGGGAAUUAGUUUGGCACCUUGUCAUGAAGUUAAAACGGGUCAAAACGCCUUCUUUAUUGAUAAUAUUCGACAAGGAAGUAUAGCAGACAGGUGUGGUGCGUUAUUUGAAGGGGAUCGAGUUGAAUCCAUAGAUAAUAUUUGUGUCGAAAAUAUGAAACUUCAAGAAGCUAUGCACAGACUGAAAAAUAAUGGCUUAAAUGUUAUUCGCUUUCAGAUUGUUCCAAAUGCCAUUAUGAAUUCGGAAAAAUCAAUGCAAAGUAAUUCAGACUGCUUGAAAUCUUCCCGUUCACUGAGACCGUCAAUCACACCGGCCAGUGGUACACCAACAGCAGCUUUCCGAUGCGAAGAAGUUGAAGUUCUUCUUGAGCCUUAUGAAUAUGUUGGCUAUGGUUUUACAUUGACGACUCCGAUACCCAAUCCAUUCUCUACUGAAUUAACCAGCUUUCCUUUGAUUGAUCAAGUUGAUCCCCGUGGACCUGCAUUUAAAUCGGGUGUAAUUCAAGAAGGGGAUCGAGUGAUAUGCAUCAAUGGUCAGUCCACAUUGAACAGAACUAUUGAUGAACUCAUUCAAAGAUAUCUGGAACCAGGUGAUUUUGAAAAGAAAUACUUUCGUGUUCAGUCCCUCACACUUUUGAUACAAUAUACUGUAGCUGACUCGGUUGUUCCUGCAACAGGUAUUUUUGAUGUUAAACUGAUAAGAAAAUCAGCAAGUUUAGGUAUCAACUUACAAGCAUCAAUCAAUAAGACAGAUGGACAACCGCUACUAAUCAGUAAAGUUAUACCUGGCAGUGUUGCAAGUCGAAGUGGUUCAAUUAACCCAGGUGAUAUAUUGCUAGCAGUAAAUGGUGUUCAUUUGUCAUCAUGUAGUCUUUCCGAGGCCAUACAACUCCUACAAUCCCCAGAUGAAGAUAUCAUAAUAUUAAGAAUACAAAAGAUGGAUGCGUACCCAUUAACACCGGGGAUUGAAAUUAAGGAUAGCUCAGACAGCUCUGCUCUACAUGACUAUCAGAAUGAUGGUCAGCAACACCACUACCACCAUCAACAUCAGCAGCAUAAAAAGUCUUUCAGAAAAAGUUUUGAUGAAAACCUUAUCAGUAAGUGUACGAAACCUGAUGGACAACUUAGGACAGUACGGAAUGAAGAUCCUGAUGAAAGAGUUCAUUCGAAUGAAGAUACAAAGAAGUUGUCUGAUAAUACAUCAUCGCUGUCGUCCUUUACGCAUAGUCAGUUAACGCACAAAUCACACCAAUAUCAUAGACAGCAAUCCGCAACAAGUCUACAACAGUGUCCAAUUGAAAAAAUGUUUCCUAAUGAGCUGGAAGAAACUGACAAAUCAUAUAAACACAACACCACUAGUAACACCGGUAGUCCUACAGUUCAAAAUCGUCAGUAUCGAUUUAAUCAGCAUCUAAAUAUAAAAAGUCAAAAAACCAAUCAAGAUGAAUUGGACAAAAUUCAAUCCGAUAACAUACUCAAUCAGUGUAUGAAUUCGAAACUGGGUUAUACACUUGAACCUGAAACGAAUCUUGUUCAGGUGAUAUUAAAGCGUAAAUCACCUGAUUGUCCUUGGGGGAUCACAAUCUCUGGAACGGACGAUGCACCUGAUAUUCCAGUGUUAAUUGAUUCAGUCAAUCCAAAUGAUCCUGGGGGUGAAUGUGGUUUAAUCCAACCUGGUGAUCGUAUAUUGGCUAUAAAUGGUAUCACUUUGCAUAAUGGUCAUACCCUUACACAAGCAAUGCGUAUGCUACAACAUUUUCCUGAUAAAGUUAUUUUACAUAUUGCACGUAAAUCUAAUUUUUCAUCGUCAGCUAAUAAUCCUUCAAUAAUUCCUGCUUCUUCUUCAUCUGGUGGUGUUGGUGUUAUGCAUAGCGAACAAGUAACAGGCAAAGUACUAACGGAAGUAUUCAAUAAACAAAGAGAACAAGUGGACCAGCCUUCCGUACAUAGAAAAUGUACACUUAAGAAGGCGGUGGCAUCAAGCAAUUUCAGUAGAUCAUUUGAUUCAAUAUCAAACAGUCUCAGUUCAAAUUCAGUGUCGAAUAACUUUUCUGACGGUCAACCUUUGACUGGACGUACACCAGUGUAUAGACAUAAAACUAAUAGCAGUAAUAUCCGACUGUGCAACCCAGAGCAUUAUGAUGAUACAAAACAGGCUCUGCAAAAGUCGAGAACCUUAUAUGAUGCUAGGAGUGGUGCUCAGGUCAUGGAUAUGUCAUGGCCUGGUUCAGGCAAUCACCCGGAGAGAAAUAUUAGUAAGGAAUCAAAUAUUUCCAAUCGCUUGGCAUCUAAAUCAUCUACAACAGUUCCAAAUAUGACCUCUGAGAAUUUCGGCAUUCAAGGUGAUACAUACAAUGAAGGAAUACCUGUAGAGAAUUUGAAUUUAAAAGUACCCUCAAAUCAUCCUCGUUCACAAACGUCAAAAUCCCAUCAUCGGUGUUCUUCUUCUUCAUCUAAGCGUUUUACACAACCAACACCACCACAAGAGCAACAGCCUCCACUCCAACCACCAUGUAGUGUUAAAUAUCAGAUAACUGAAGGAGAAAGAUCGAAGUAUUCACAGGCAUACAUUCAUCAGUAUUCAGACAUUACAACAAGUGAGAUUAAUGAUGACGCUGAUCAAGGGCAUAACAAUGAGACUACCAAUUACCCUUCACAUAAUUUUCCACCCCGUCAUCCAGACCAACAAAUUCCACAUUAUUAUCCGAAUAAAAAGCAUACGAAGUCAAGUACAGAUCAUUUAGAAAUGGAUCUUAAUUUCAUUGAAUGCUCAGGUUGUCGUAAGGCGAUUGAAAAAGAAAUUAAAUAUUACUUAUCCAAACAGCAAAAAUCAUACGAAGGUACAUACCGUGCUUCCUCAUCACACAGAAAAGAUCAAAGUACAAUACGAUCAACAUCUGAAGCAUUUCUUACAUCCAACUAUUUUGAACUAGAUUUUGAUCAUCUUCAAACACACCAACCACAUCCACAACAACAUUAUCCACCAGGAAAUGCUAACAGACCACCAGUUUGGUAUUUAAGUAAAAAUGACAAUCAAAUACCCAACCAGUAUCAACAACAACAUUCCAAAAAUACUGAAGAAAAUACCCGAGUGAAUCAAAAGAAAAUGACCUCUUCACAUAUGCUUUCUGAUCAUCAUUCUAAGUCAGACAGUCGAUUGGAUUUGAUCAGAUCGAUAGAUCUGAGUGAUGAAAGUUCAGAUAUUGAGAAGAGAAACAGCCUAAGUGUGACCUAUUCAACAAGAAUGUCAGCUGGUUCUUCUCAGAUGCAUCCACCUCAAAAUACAUAUAACUGUCAGUCAUCUGUUAUAAAUCCAGUCAAACAGAAGACAAUUUCAAGAAUCAAAUCAAACACUUUAGGAUCACCAAUGAAUAUUCAAACAAACAGUUCACAAUUUCCUAAACAUAUUCAAAGAACACAUCCUAAAACCUCCAAGUCUAAUAAAAGCUCUGCUUCAAAAAAUCUGAAGCAUGAAGAAUUCGCUGAAUUGAAUACUUGGUGUACAUGGAUUCGUUUAAAGAAGACAUCAACUACAGAUUCAUAUGGUAUCGGUGUAUCUGAAGGUUUAUCCACCUUGGGCAUAUUUGUUAGUGCAAUUCGUCCAAACUCCCCAGCUGAAUUAUCUGGUAAACUCUAUUUAUACGACAGAAUUUUAAUGGUGAAUGACACACCAGUGGACAGUUUAACAUGUAGUGAAGUAGUAAAUCUUAUAAGUCGUUCAGAAAAGCGCUUAGAUUUACUGGUACAACGCCGUGUAGCAAAACAUUCUCAACGAAGCAAACAAUCACGUCAGAAUGACGUAACAGAUUUUCCCACUAAAUCCUCAUAUAGUGGAGAUGAUGGAGUUACCUCUGGAACUGCCUGUACAUCUAUUACUGGUGAUGAACAUAUUAACAUUACUGCUCUUUAAAAAUUACCAUUCCUUUAGUAUUAAGCUUUGAGAGAGUUCUAAAAGAUUUUGAAGAAUUAACAGCUGAUGAACACAACUCGAUGUAAUUUUUCUUGAUACUGGUGUAUAUAUUCAACACCUACUGUUUUUUCUAUUGUGUCACAAUACUACUCAUACUUUUGUUAGUAGCAUAAAAUAUGUCUAAAAAGUUAAACCUUUGUCGUCAAGCCUUGGUGAAAUUGGUGAUCACAACCUCAAAACUGAUCCUAAUUCUCUACCUAUCCUUUCCCAAUAAUUUAGAUUGAUUUGUAGUGAUAUUUCUAAAAUGCACCUACUUUUAUUUCUGCUUUAUUUUCAGUUGUAGUGAAUGAUAGUGUCAUUAGACCACUGAAACAUUUAAUGUUGUACAAAAUUAUUGAUUAGAUUUCUUUUAGUUAUUAUACUUUAUUAACAUACUUUCAGUAAAAUAUACAUCAUUUGUGUAUAUCAAACAAAAGUUUGUAGUUCAUGAGAAACAGAAAAACAUUCUGUCCAUGGAACACAAAUUUAGACAUCCACUUUAGAUUUUUAGAAAUGAUUUUGAUGCUUUACUAUACCUUUCUGUUUUUUCUUAUCGUUGUUCAGCUGGCUGUUGGUUGUUCGAUUCUUCCAGACAAUACAACUCGUCAGUUUUCAUUUCCAUUUCAGGCCCUGUGAUUGCUCUUUUUAAAUAAAGUGAUCCUAUCACUCCCAUCUAAUCAAUCCAUCAAAACAAAUAUUUUUUGUUCAAUUGUCUCCUCACACUUUAUUGUAUAGUGAUGACAUGACAACGAUAAAAUUUCAUAUGUAGUUUUAAAUGAAUGGAAAGUUA